AUGUCCCUGACGACGUCUUCUACCAACCAGGAUUCCAUCGUCUCCAAUAUCGGUUUGAUCCAUCCCCAGAAUCUCAGUGGAACUGCUGGCACCGGAUCCGCAACAGGAGCAGUCAUGAACAGUCAGAAUUUUGCAACACCAGAUGAUGUCGACACAAAGCCAUUAUCCUCAAUGAGCCUCGACGACUCAUCUGCAGUGUCUUCUGGAGCAUCGUUGGCAUCGUCCGCCUAUUCAACACCCACCGCCGUCGAUUCUGCCUCAUCAUUGUACUUUCAGUUAUCGCCAGCCAUGCCCUAUCUCCCCAACGUGAGCACAGCAACAGCUGCCGCAGCCAAUAUGAGUGCCUAUUUCAACCGAUCCGCCUAUCCGACUAGCCAUUUGGGUCUUCCAGCACAAGUCGGUCAUAGCUAUCUUCCGUCGAGCAUGCAAUUCAUCGGAGGAUCCCUUUCCGAUUGUCCAUCGGCCACUUCAAUGGGAUCCAUGUCAUGGAAUGCGAAUCAACCGAGUUUCUCCAGAAAGCAACGACGAGAGCGGACCACGUUCACCAGGAAUCAGCUGGAAAUUCUGGAGAGCUAUUUUGUGAAAACUCGCUAUCCGGACAUUUUUAUGCGGGAAGAUAUGGCCCAUAAAAUUCAACUACCUGAGAGUCGAGUACAAGUUUGGUUCAAGAAUCGGAGAGCAAAGGCGCGCCAGCAGAAGAAGACCAUGCAGCCGGGAAGUGGAGGAAGUGCUUGUAAUAGCUUCUCUUCAAACAACUCGUCUGGUGGUGGGUCUGGUGGCUCAACUGGGAGCGAGGUCCAACCAGCGUCUCCAGCGACCACGGACAACGAGCUGAAAUUCUCAGACACUAUAAAAGAGGAAUGUGAUGAGCAAUCGAAUAGUCCAUCUGUAGAGGACCAGAAAAAUGGGACAUACUCGAUUGACCCGAUAUCCACAACCACUGGAGCAACAACUUAUAAUGGUGCCACUAGUUUUCGGCCACAAGCCCAAUAUCCAUAUGGUGCCUACUCAACGGACUAUUUUCAAUACGCCCAGGCUAACACUAAUGCCGCUAGUGCCUAUGCUAUCGAUGGAAAGGGCAUGUGGAAUUUUCAGACAAGCUGA